AUGUACUCAUCAUCUCAACAAUGGGAUUUCCCGAAUGCAUGGCCUCCUCUCCAAGCGUUUAUCAUACAAGGUCUGGAUAAGACUCAACAAAAAAACGCAAAACAAGUUGCAGUGAAAUUGGCCGAGGUGUGGUUGCGCACAAAUUAUCGUGGAUUUACAAAUAACGAAUCCAUGUUCGAAAAAUAUGACGCUUUAGCUUUAGGAAUAAGUGGCGGUGGCGGCGAAUAUGCACCACAGUUAGGGUUUGGUUGGACAAAUGGUGUCGUGUUGGAAUUUUUAAAUCAAUGGGACUAUUUAUACUACAACACUUCCAAAUAUGAUAAUACAACGGACUUAUAA